AAUGGAUUUGACUAGUAGUAGCAAGCAGGGGCGGACUGACCAUUUGGAAACUCGGGCACUGCCCGAGGGCCCAGGGUCAGUAGGGGGCCCCAUGAGAUGCCCCUGGUACCUUUUUCAUAGGCUUUUUUGAGUUUGGGCAAGGACACAGGGGCCCCAUGAUCCCCUAUUGCCCGGGGGCCCCAUGAGUUGUCAGUCCGCCCCUGGAUGAAUUCACACACAGUGCAGUGACAGACCUUUUAUUGCUUUGUAAAACGCUUGUCACCACAAAGACACACAGAAAACAAUUGUUUUCUGUGUGC